AUGGGUAAUAAAUCAUCAUUAUUGUUGCGGGAAGAAGAAAUUGCACAAAUACAAGAAGAAACAGGAUUUACGCCAAAUCAAAUAGAACGCCUGUACUCCCGGUUCACAUCACUGGACAAGAAUGACUGCGGCACUCUCUCCCGCGAGGAUUUCCUACGUAUACCGGAGUUGGCCAUCAAUCCGCUGAGCGAGAGGAUCGUGCACUCAUUCUUCGCGGAGAGCCAUGACGAUCGCGUAAACUUCCUUCAGUUUAUGAGGGUACUGGCGCACUUCCGACCCAUCAGGAAGAAGCAGGAAAACAAAUUGAACAGCCGGGAAGAGAAAUUAAGAUUUGCAUUCUCGAUGUAUGACUUGGAUAGUGACGGAAAGAUCUCCAGAGAUGAGCUGCUGGCCAUUCUUCACAUGAUGGUUGGAGUCAACAUCAGCGAGGAGCAACUCACAAGCAUCGCAGAACGCACAAUACUGGAAGCGGACACGAACAACGAUCAAAUGAUUUCGUUCGAAGAGUUCUGCCGCGCUCUGGAAAGAACAGACGUAGAACAGAAGAUGUCCAUCCGCUUCCUCAAUUGA